AUGCCAAAUCGCAAUCCAAAAGAAGAUCAGAAAACGCUGAAAAUAUUCAGCUCCAUACAGGUUUUUACAGCAUGCUUUGCCGGUUUCGCUCAUGGUGCUAACGACGUUAGCAACGCAAUAGCUCCCCUAACCUCACUCAUUAUCAUCUAUAAAACGGUGGAUGUCCGGCAACAUGGUGAAACCCCGAUCUAUGUGCUGAUGUUCGGUGUCCUUGCCAUAUGUGUUGGUCUGGUAACACUCGGUUACAAAGUUAUUCGUACCGUUGGGACCAAAAUGUCGCACAUCAAUCCUGCCAGCGGCUUCACCAUCGAAUUUGGUGCUGCAGUAACGGCGCUU